CGCGGCUCCUUCCCCAGCACUGAAGGCAGGCCGGCCGGGCGGCAGGAAGGGCGAGCCGCGGCUCCUGCUCGCCCCCGUCCCCGGGCCCAGACGAGACCCCUCCCGCCGCCAUGGCUAGCCCCGUCUCCCGCCGCCUGGCGACGUCCAUCCCGGCACGCAAGCCCCGCGGUUGCGCUCCUGGGUCGCCGGCCGUCCCCCCGGUCUCCGCCGAUGUUGCGUGGCCCGCCCCCUGCAACCCCGUCUCUCCGACGCUGUGAAAGGCGGGGGGCUGCCCGAUGCCUGUCCUUCCAAUCCCGCGGCGGGUGCGUUCUUUCCACGGCCCCCACACGACCUGCCUGCACUCGGCCUGCGGGCCGGUAAGGACCACACACUUGGUGCGCACCAAGUACAACAACUUCGACAUCUACCUGAAGUCCCGUUGGAUGUAUGGCUUCAUUCGUUUCUUGCUGUACUUCAGUUGCAGCCUGUUUACCUCCAUCCUGUGGGUGGCGCUGUCUCUCUUGUUUUGCCUCCAGUACCUCAGCAUCCGGGUCUUUCUGCGUUUCCAGUACAAACUCUCUAUCAUCCUCCUCUUACUGGGGCGGAGGCGGGUGGACUUCAGCCUCGUGAACGAGCUGCUCAUCUAUGGCAUCCACGUCACCAUGCUGCUGGUGGGAGGGCUGGGCUGGUGCUUCAUGGUCUUCGUCGAUAUGUAAAUAAAGCCUGGUGCAUGCUGGUCAAGGAGGCAUGUGUGGCUCGAA